CAGCUCCAUCGAUGAACAUUACAAAAUGCUUGGACAAUUUGAACAAGAGACGACAGGCGUCUGACCAGCAAAAGAAACCAGGAUUCAUUUGGCGAGUCUGAAGACCCACAUAAUUAAAGAGAACUUUUACUCCUUUGGACUUUUCAUGAAAUCAAAUCGUCAAGGAAGCAGAACUUUUGAAGAACGAGAAGAGAAGACGGUCGUGUCAGCACAAAUGAUUCCAAGCUGACAAAGUAAGAGCCCUGACGAGAGCAGAGAAGAGGAAGUGUACCAGGGACGAAGAAAGAAGAAACGGUGAUGGGCAAAGACUUUUGAAACACCAGUUGAGAACACCGUAGACAUUGGAGCCGAGAAGGGAGGGCUCACAUUGGUAGUGGAGGAGGGGAGGAGCAGCAGGGGGGCGAGGUGGACAUCAGUGACGGAUCAACACACAUCACAAAUCACACCUCAUUGGGGGGGUAAACUUUGGGGAGGUCGCUUCCUGGGUGACACCGAUCCUAUGAUGGAGAAGUUCAACGCAUCCAUCGCCUAUGACCAGAGGAUGUGGAAUGCUGAUAUCCGAGGGAGCAAGGCGUAUGUGAAAGCUCUGGAGAAGGCAAAGCUGGUCACCACGGAUGAGAUGAAUCAGAUUUUACAUGGGCUGGAUCAGAUUUCUGUUGAGUGGUCUAAAGGUGUUUUUGUGAUCAAACCUGAAGAUGAGGACAUUCAUACUGCCAAUGAGCGCAGGCUAAAGGAGCUGAUAAGUGCACCGGCAGGGAAGCUGCACACUGGCAGGAGCAGAAACGACCAGGUGGUGACUGACAUGAGGUUGUGGCUGAGGGAUGCCAUCACAACCCUGACAGACAAUGCCCUACAACUGAUGUCUACCAUGGUGGAGCGGGCCGCAGCAGAAAUUGACGUCCUGUUUCCUGGUUACACCCACAUGCAGAGAGCUCAGCCAAUCAGAUGGAGCCACUGGAUUCUAAGUCACGCUGUUGCUCUUAGCAGAGAUGUUGACCGACUUCUGGAGAUCAAGAAAAGAGUUAAUGUUUUACCUCUCGGCAGUGGGGCCAUUGCUGGGACGCCAUUUGACAUUGACAGGGAGCUACUGAUGAGAGAGUUGGCGUUUGAUGGCAUUAGUCUUAAUAGCAUGGACGCCACGGGCCAACGGGAUUUUGUUGUGGAGUUCUUGUUCUGGGCUUCGUUGUGUUUGACCCAUCUCAGCAAAAUGGCAGAGGACCUGAUGCUGUACAGCACCAAGGAGUUCUCCUUCGUCUCGCUCUCCGACGCUUACAGCACCGGCAGCAGUCUGAUGCCCCAAAAGAAGAAUGCUGACAGCCUGGAGCUGAUCAGAAGUAAAGCCGGGCGUGUCUUUGGCAACUGUGCAGGGUUCAUGAUGACCCUGAAGGGCCUGCCGAGCACCUACAACAAGGACCUGCAGGAAGAUAAGGAGGCCAUGUUUGACUGCUACGAUACGGUUCACGCUGUGCUGCAGGUGACAACUGGAGUCAUGUCAACGCUCAAGAUUAACCCGAGUGUGAUGGAAGCCGCCCUCAGUCCGGACAUGUUGGCUACUGACUUGGCCUACUACCUUGUGAGGAAGGGGGUGCCGUUCAGAGAGGCACACGGUAUCUCCGGUAAAGCUGUGUUUGCAGCUGAAUCCAAAAAUAUCGCCCUGAAUCAACUCACUGUGGAAGACCUGAGUGCUGUUAGCCCUCUGUUUGGAGGCGACGUCUCCUCAGUGUGGGACUACAGGAGCAGCGUGGAGCAGUACAGCGCCCCUGGAGGCACAGCCAAGAGUAGCGUGGCUGCGCAGGUGGAACAGCUGAGGGACUGGCUUCAGAAACGGACACAAUGAUCUUGACCUCAUUUCACUUUUAAUAUUUUGAAUCGAGCUUACUGCCACAAUUUAGAUCAUGAGGAAAUAUCAGAUUGAGUUCAAAGGGACAAAAACCAUGUUGCCUUUCAAAAGUCUCCUCCCUUCUUUUGAAGUACAUCUGUAACCAGGUGAUGUUUCAACUGACCACAUGGACCGAUCAUAAGUGUUACAAGGACCUGCAAUGAAUAAAUGUUACUCAAACUAA